AUGUCUGUACUACUAGAAACAAGCGUCGGCGACAUCACAAUCGACCUGGCUGUCGAUGAUGCGCCACAGUGCUGCGAGAACUUCCUGAAGCUGUGCAAGGUCAAGUACUACAACUACUCGCCCAUCUACAACGUCCAGCCGAACUUCUCCUUCCAGACCGGUGAUCCAAUCGGGCCCGAAUCGAAAGACAGCGAUGCUGGGUCUUCCAUAUGGGCUCUGCCAGAUGGCGAGACCAAGCGCGCGUUGAAGCCCGAGAGAAAGACGUUCGCGCCCGAGUUCUCGAAGAAGAGGAAACACACAGAACGCGGCACGGUCAGCAUGGCCACAACUGCAUCGAAAGUGAAUCCCGACGAGCGGUUAGCGAGCAGUCAGUUCAUCAUCACACUGGGCGACAAUCUGGAGCAGCUGGACGGAAAGGCGGCGAGCUUUGGUGAGGUUGUCGAAGGUUUCGAUGUGCUUGAAAAGGUCAACACGGCUUUCAUCGACUCCAACGGACGGCCACUGAAGGAUAUCCGCAUACUGCACACUGUCGUGCUGGAGGAUCCCUUCGACGACCCGACAGGCUUGGUCGAGCCGCCGGGUAGUCCUGUGCCUUGCAAAGCACAGCGCGAUACAGUCCGCAUCGCGCAUGACGAAGUCUUGGCAGAAAACGACGACCCGGAACAGAUGGAGAAGAUUCGCAGAGAGCGCGAGGCUCGCGCACAGGCUCUGACUCUGGAACUUAUUGGCGAUCUACCCUUUGCAGACGUGACACCGCCCGAACAGAUCCUGUUCGUCUGCAAGCUGAACCCUGUCACGAGAGACGAGGAUCUGGAGCUCAUUUUCUCGCGCUUCGGCAAGAUCUUGUCCUGCGAAGUCAUCCGAGACAAGAAGACCGGCGACAGCUUGCAAUACGCCUUCAUCGAAUUCGCCAACAAAGAGGAUUGCGAGCGCGCCUACUUCAAGAUGCAAGGCGUACUGAUUGACGAUCACCGCAUCCACGUGGACUUCUCACAGAGUGUGUCCAAGCUCUCAGCAGACUGGCGCACAUCCACCAACUCGAAGACUGCCAGAUCGAGAGGAGGUUUCGGUGGCAUCGACAGUCUCGAGAAGCGUAAGCAAUACCGUUCCAACGACGGAGGACGCGAUCGCGACCGCGGCCGACACUACGACUACGUCUUCGACAAAAAGGAACGCCGCGGUAGCGACACGAGAGAUGCACCUCGCCGUAGGUCACGAAGUCGCAGCCAGGAACGUGGCGACGCCAAGGAUUCGCACCGAUACCGAUCGCGAAGUCGCAGCCCCAAGAGACACAGCAAGUACGGCGGCGACAGACGCGAGGAUCGACAGCGCGACGACCGCAGACGACGGAGUCGAAGCGGGGACAGGUACGAUAGUCGCCGCUAA